AUGUAUCACCAAUAUGUGCAAGUUCCAAUUGAUUCAACCCAGCCAUUGUUAUGGUCUGUGACCCCCAUUUUGGUUCAAGCUCAAGUUGAAUAUGUGUAUGGAUAUCAACCAUGUGCUCCUGUUUUUGUGCCAGUUUUUCAACAACAACCAGCCUAUUUUAAUGAUAAUGUUCAUUACUAUCAACCUCAACCAGAUCAUUGCGAAUAUUAUUAUCAAGGGAAUAAUGAUGAGAAUGCUAGAAGAUCAACAUCUCCAAUUUCAUCUGGAUCGAUUAGCGAUCUUUCACGUGCUUCUUCAACUUCACCAGUUGAAUAUAAAGGAACCGUGUAUUACUCCAAUCCGACUUCAAACUGUGAGUUUUUUAUCAGGAUAUCAACUUUUUGUAUUUUAUUGUGAAAAAUAAACACUUCAGACAUUUGACAAUAGUAUUGUUUUUCAGACGAUUAUAACCAAGAACACAACGAUGUUCCACUUAUCAGUGAACAAGGAAUACUGUUUGUGCUCAAAAAUAAAUUGAGAUCCAAAACAGAAGACCUAAUCAAAUCAGGAUAUCCAUAUUUUGAAGGUAGAAAAAUUGAAGCAACAAUUCAACCAACACAAUAUAAUAUUAUGAAGAAAAAUUGGAUUGAGAUAGAAGAUCAAAUGCGAACAUGUUGCAGAUGUGAAUUGGAUUUUGACAACAACGAAAAUGGAACAAAAUCUAUUUCUCACUGUCAAUAUCACCCAAGGGCACUUCGAUUUGAUCCUGGUCAGCUUUUUUUUUGAAUUUUUGGUUCCAUCAAGAAUUAAAUUAAUAAAAAAAUAACAAUUUUUAUAGAAAUCGGAAUAACAAUUCAUAGCUGUUGUGGAGAGCUUCAAAAUGAAUCAAAUGGAUGUCGAGCAACUCUCUGCCAUGUAUUCGAUCACCAAUAUUCAUCGGAACUCAGCAAUUUUUUACCAACACCACUCGAACGAGGAAAUAACGAUCCUAGAUCAAAAGGAGUUUAUGCAAUUGAUUGUGAAAUGGUAUACACAAAGUCUGGUCCUGCUGCCAGAAUGUCAAUGGUGAAUUUUAAUGGGGAUCUGGUUUUGGAUAUGAUUGUCAAACCGCCAACUGAAGUCAUUGAUGCAAAUACAGAAUUCUCGGGAUUGACUAUCGAGCAAGUUAAUGAAGCAAAAGGAACUUUAGAAAAGGUGAGUUUCAUUCGAAAAUCCUUUUCUAAAUUUUUGUAAUCAUUUUUUUAAACUUUAUUUUUUCAGUGUCGCCAGAAAAUGUUUGAAUUUAUCAAUGCCGAAUCAAUUCUUAUUGGCCACUCUCUUGAAUCCGACUUGAAAGCGUUGAGAAUUGUUCAUAUGAAUGUUAUCGAUACUGCGAUUCUUUUCCAAACUGGAAAACAUAAACCAUCACUCCGAAGUUUGGCACAGAAACAUCUCGGAAAAUCAAUUCAAAACGACAAUUCUUCAAAUAUCGGACAUGAUUCUGAAGAAGAUGCGCGGACUUGCAUCGAGCUUGUUAAAACUCGUAUUAUGAGUGAAUUGAUGAUGUAA